GGCUCGGAAACCGCCCUGCUUGUCUUGCCUGCUUUGCCCCCCGCGGGGGGAAUAGUUUGCCUCAGACAGGCAGGUGACGAGGAGCAUCGCAGAAGCGCCAGUAGCUGCUGCUACUGAGCAUGCGCACAGCGCACGGGCAUGCCCAGUGACAGCUGAGGGAGCCCAAUCUGAUGGGGAGCAGAGCCUGGCACUCGGCAACCUUCGGCGGUUUCCGGGGGGGCCUGGCCGCCAUUUUCUCGUUGCCUCUCUCCGUUCGCUGCCUGCGCGGCUCCCUGCCCUGCUCGCCAGCGCUUUGUCUUGUUCGGCGAUGGACGGCAUCGUCACUGAUGUUGCAGUUGGCGUGAAGAGAGGAUCUGACGAACUUCUUUCAGGCAGUGUUCUCAAUAGUCCGAACUCUAACAUGAGCAGCAUGGUAGUUACUGCCAAUGGUAAUGACAACAAGAAAUUCAAAGCAGAGGAUAAAAUGGAUGGGGCUCCUUCUCGUGUUCUUCAUAUCAGGAAAUUGCCUGGUGAAGUGACAGAAACAGAAGUUAUUGCUUUAGGCUUACCUUUUGGUAAGGUAACCAACAUCCUGAUGCUAAAAGGAAAAAAUCAGGCUUUUUUGGAGCUGGCAACAGAAGAAGCAGCUAUCACUAUGGUUAAUUACUAUUCCGCUGUGACACCUCAUCUUCGUAACCAACCCAUCUAUAUUCAGUAUUCUAAUCAUAAAGAGCUAAAGACUGAUAAUACACUAAACCAGCGGGCUCAAGCUGUUCUUCAGGCAGUAACAGCAGUACAGACAACAAAUACUCCCAUUAGUGGAACUACUGUUAGUGAAAGUGCCGUGACUCCAGCUCAGAGUCCAGUACUUAGAAUAAUUAUUGAUAAUAUGUACUACCCUGUAACCCUGGAUGUUCUUCACCAAAUAUUCUCUAAAUUUGGUGCUGUGUUGAAGAUAAUCACAUUCACAAAGAAUAACCAAUUUCAAGCUUUACUGCAAUAUGGUGAUCCAGUAAAUGCACAGCAAGCAAAAUUGGCAUUAGAUGGUCAAAAUAUUUAUAAUGCUUGCUGUACCCUACGGAUUGAUUUUUCCAAACUGGUGAAUUUAAAUGUGAAGUACAACAAUGAUAAAAGUAGGGACUAUACUCGACCUGAUCUUCCAUCUGGUGAUGGGCAACCAGCAUUGGACCCAGCUAUUGCUGCAGCAUUUGCAAAGGAGACGUCACUUCUAGGGCUUCCUGUUGCAGCUGUUCCAGGAGCGCUGAGUCCUUUGGCUAUUCCGAAUGCUGCUGCUGCUGCAGCUGCUGCUGCUGCUGGCCGAGUGGGUAUGCCUGGAGUUUCAGCUGGUGGCAAUACAGUCCUCCUGGUUAGCAAUUUAAAUGAAGAGAUGGUUACGCCCCAAAGUCUGUUUACCCUCUUCGGUGUUUAUGGGGAUGUGCAGCGUGUGAAGAUUUUAUACAAUAAGAAAGACAGUGCUCUAAUACAGAUGGCAGAUGGGAACCAGUCACAGCUGGCCAUGAGUCAUCUUAAUGGACAAAAAAUGUAUGGAAAGAUUAUUCGAGUUACCCUUUCCAAGCAUCAGACAGUACAGCUACCUCGAGAAGGACUUGAUGACCAAGGGCUCACUAAAGAUUUUGGUAAUUCACCCUUGCAUCGCUUCAAGAAACCUGGCUCAAAAAAUUUUCAGAAUAUAUUCCCUCCAUCUGCAACACUUCAUUUGUCCAAUAUUCCACCAUCAGUGGCAGAAGAUGAUCUGCGCACACUGUUUGCUAACACUGGAGGCACUGUGAAAGCAUUUAAAUUUUUUCAAAGAGAUCACAAGAUGGCACUUCUUCAGAUGUUAACAGUGGAAGAAGCUAUUCAGGCUUUGAUUGAUCUGCAUAAUUACAAUCUUGGAGAAAAUCACCAUCUGAGAGUUUCUUUCUCCAAAUCAACAAUUUAAAAUGGGAGAUAAAAAAUGAAGGUGUAUCGCAUUGUUCAGUGUUGUCACCUAUUGACUGUUCAGGAGAGUGGGGACCAGAGUUUGACUUCUGUCUUUCAUGCUGUUAUCAUUCCUUGGUUGUUUUAAAAAAAAAAAAAAAAGAACGUUCAUAAGAAAAUAAAAGCAGUGAUAUUUAACUGUUGGUUUUUCAUCUGUUGUUUAGGGAAACAUCAUUUUGUUUAAAAGGGUUUCAAGUUAAGCCCACAAUUUUUCAAGUUAGUUGACAUAUGUGCCUUAAAAAGGAAAACUAGUGUUGCUAGUAAAAUGAAUUUGGUUGGCUGGGGCACAGUGUUAUAUGAGAAUUAAAAUGUAUUUAGGCAGGGGUGUGUAAAAA